AUGAUUUCCACCACAGUCAGCACAGAACGCGCUGUUGCUUCCAUCUUCAACUCAGCUGUCGCUGCUGGAGCAAUCGGUGCUGCCUGGGAGGUGGGAUUACUCGAUGCCGUAAGAUCCCAGAAAAGAGUGAGCAUCGAGCUCUUUGCCAAGGAACGAGAUCUAGACCUUGACUCAAUGCACGGGCUAGCCACAACUCUCGUUGUGGCUGAUAUCCUAGAGCGUCAAGAUGAUUCCCUUAUCCCAGGUAGACUGAUGGAUGAAGCAUACCGGAAUAAGUCCCUCUUUCAUUGGCUCUGCCUUGGCUCUGGCGGACUGUUUUCUAAAAUGCAGUACGUGCUUCAGAACAAGAAUCGUCAAGGCGAAUUCUACGAACGCGAUAGCGUUGCUAUCGCGUAUGCUUGCCAUGACAUCAACAAAGAGCACUUUGAUCCUUACUUUUGGGAAGCCAUGGAUGGACUCGACUUCAAAAUCAACACCGUGGUCGACCUGGGAAGCGGAAGCGGCCAGAGGCUGAUGCAAAUCCUGGACAAAUAUCCAGGCACCUCCGGAAUUGGCAUUGAUAUUGCUGGACCAGCCACCAAGGUCGCUGAAUCUCAUGGCAGAGAGCGAGGCCUGGGCGACCGCUUGUCGUUUGUUGUAGAGGACGCGACAAACUUGAGCUACCAGCAGGAAUUUGAGGACGUCAAUUUGGUGACCAGCUUUCUCAUGGGUCACGACUUCUGGCCCCGUGAGAACUGCAUCGCGUCCAUGAAGUGCCUGAAGAAGGCUUUCCCUAAUGCUCGUCGCCUUCUGUUGGGAGAUACCACUCGUGUCUUACUACACCCUGACGGGUCAGAGAAUAGCGUUACUGAAGACGAUGUGCCAAUCUUCACUCUUGGCUUCGAAUUUGGGCACGCAAUGAUGGGGACCUAUCUGCCUACGGUAAUGGAGUGGGAGGGUGUUUUUGAUCAAGCAGGAUGGCGAUGUGUGAAGAAGCACGUGGUUGAUUCAUCCUAUCCCUCUAUCAUCUUCGAGUUAGAACACGCUUGA